AUGACGGAAACUAAAGCCUUGAAUUCAACCUUUGUCGUUAACUGUAUACUCAACGCCUUUUUGUCUUUCACCGCCACCGCGUUGAACAUCAUAACGCUACAAGCGCUUCGAAAAACGUCGCCGUUGCUUAAGCCUUUAAAAACAUUACUCCUGAGUAUGACUUUUUCAGAUCUGGGAGUUGGUUUACUUGUCCAACCUCUGUAUAUUACAGUUCUGGCACAGUGCGCAGAUUAUAAAGUGAUGACAUCGCACACAUGCAAGAGUGCUCUUAACAAUACUUUGAAUACUUCGUUCUCCAUCGCGGUGAAUUUGUUUUCCACUGCCUCUUUCUUAAGCAUUAUUGCUUUAACUCUCGACAGAUUCCUGGCAAUUCAUCUUCAUCUCAGAUACCAGGAACUUGUGACCCACAAGCGUGUUAUUGUUGCAGUAAUCUUAACUUGGGUGUAUAGUGCAUUCGUUUGCGUAUCAUUACUGAUAACAGAAAAAGUUCGUGUCAUUAUUUAUACAAUUCUUGAACUCUUGUUCGUCAUAACUACAAGCUUGCUUUACUGCAAGAUAUAUGCAACCGUUAGACGACAUAGAAAUCAAAUUCAAGUACAACAAGUC